UGGUUCCGGCUUGCGGAAGAUGGCGGCGCCCAGAGCGGUAGCGUGAAAUUUGGAGGUGGUAGUCGCAGGCCAUUCGUGCUGGAAUCAAAACAGUGGGAUCGUGCGCCAUGUCGCGACUGAUCGUGAAGAACCUCCCAGAUGCGAUGAAGGAGGAGCGUUUCCGGCAGCUGUUCACCGCCUUCGGCACACUGACGGACUGUAGCCUCAAGUUCACCAAAGAUGGCAAGUUCCGCAAGUUCGGCUUCAUCGGCUUCAAGUCCGAGGAAGAGGCCCAAACAGCGCUGAACCAUUUCAACAAGAGUUUUAUCGACAUGUCCCGGAUCACGGUGGAGUUCUGCAAGUCGUUUGGGGACCCGACAAAGCCCCGAGCCUGGAGCAAGCAUGCCCAGAAAACAAGCCAGUCCAAGCCACCUCCGAAAGACAAAGACUCCAUCUCCCCAGAAACUAAGAAGGAUGACAAGAAGAAAAAGGUAGCAGGUGAACUGGAGAAGCUGAGGGAAGAUAACGAGUUCCAGGAGUUCCUGUCGGUUCACCAGAAGCGGAUGCAGGUGGCCACCUGGGCGAACGAUGCCCUGGACGGUGAGCCCUCGAAAGGGAAGAACAACUUGGCCAACGACUACCUGAACUUCGACUCCGACUCAGGGCAGGAGAGCGAGGAGGAGGGAGCCGGGGAGGCCCCCGAAGAGGAGGACAGCGGCCUCGAACCCAAGGCAGCCGUACGGAAGGAGCUGUCGGACAUGGAUUACCUGAAAUCCAAGGUGGUGGAGGCCGAGUCGCCAUCCUCAGAGGAGAGUGAAGAUGAAGCCGUGAACUGCGAGGAAGGGAGCGAGGCCGAGGAAGAGGGUUCCUGCACCCCCGCCGCCCAGCAGGACAGGGAGGCGGCCCGAGCCGAGACUGAGAAACCAGCCAACCAGAAGGAACGCACCACCACCCACACCGUGAAGCUGCGGGGAGCCCCGUUCAACGUCACAGAGAAAAAUGUCAUGGAAUUCCUGGUACCCCUGAAACCGGUGGCCAUUCGAAUAGUGAGAAAUGCCCAUGGAAACAAAACAGGGUACGUCUUUGUGGAUUUCAGCAGUGAAGAGGAAGUGAGGAAAGCUCUGAAAUGCAACAGGGAAUACAUGGGUGGACGCUACAUUGAGGUGUUUAGGGAAAAGAACCUCCCCACAGCCAAGGUGCCCCCAGAGAAGAGCGCCAAACCCUGGCAAGGCCGGACACUCGGGGAGCAUGAAGAGGAAGAGGACCUGGCUGACUCUGGGAGGCUCUUUGUGCGAAACCUGCCCUACACCAGCUCCGAGGAAGACCUGGAGAAGCUCUUCUCCAAAUACGGUCCCCUGUCGGAGCUGCAUUACCCCAUCGACAGCCUGACCAAGAAACCCAAGGGCUUUGCCUUCGUCACCUUCAUGUUCCCGGAGCACGCCGUGAAGGCCUACGCGGAGGUGGAUGGGCAGGUGUUCCAGGGCAGGAUGCUCCACGUGUUACCAUCCACCAUCAAGAAGGAGGCCAGCGAGGACGCAGACGCCCCAGGAUCAUCGUCUUACAAGAAGAAGAAAGAGUCAAAAGACAAAGCCAACAGCUCCAGCUCUCACAACUGGAACACGCUGUUCAUGGGCCCGAAUGCAGUGGCCGACGCCAUCGCCCAGAAGUACAGCGCCACCAAGAGUCAAGUGUUUGACCAUGAGACCAAGGGCAGCGUGGCCGUGCGCGUGGCCCUGGGAGAGACCCAGCUCGUCCAAGAGGUGCGGCGCUUCCUUCUCGACAAUGGGGUCAGUCUGGACUCCUUCAGCCAGGCCGCCGCUGAGCGAAGCAAGACCGUGAUCCUGGUGAAGAACCUCCCGGCCGGCACCCUGGCGGCCGAGCUGCAGGAGACCUUUGGCCGCUUCGGCAGCCUGGGCCGCGUGCUGCUGCCAGAGGGCGGCGUCACGGCCAUCGUGGAGUUCCUGGAGCCGCUGGAGGCCCGCAAGGCCUUCCGACACCUGGCCUACUCCAAGUUCCACCACGUCCCCCUGUAUCUGGAGUGGGCUCCGGUGGGCGUCUUUUCCAGCCCAGCCCCACAGAAGAAAGAACUCCAAGAUGCACCAGCAGAGCCGGCCGGAAAGGACAGGAUGGAGCCAGAAACAGGGGAUGCCCAUGCAGACGGCAAGACCCCAGAAGGUGAAAAGCAGACAGAGGGAGAAGCACACGACACUUCAGCAAAGAUGGAGGAGGAAGAGGAGGAGGAGAGCCUUCCCGGGUGCACGCUGUUUAUCAAAAAUCUCCACUUCGACACAACCGAGGAGACGCUGAAGGGGGUGUUUUCCAAAGUGGGUGUGGUGAAGAGCUGCUCCAUUUCCAAGAAGAAGAACAAAGCAGGAGCGCUGCUGUCCAUGGGGUUUGGAUUCGUGGAAUACAGGAAACCGGAGCAGGCCCAGAAAGCUCUCAAACAGCUCCAGGGUCACGUCAUGGACGGCCACAAGCUGGAAGUCAGGAUCUCAGAACGAGCCACCAAGCCGGCCCUGACCUCCGCUCGGAAGAAACAAGUGCCCAGAAAGCAGGCAACAUCCAAGAUCCUGGUGCGGAACAUCCCCUUCCAGGCUGACAGCCGCGAGAUCCGCGAGCUCUUCAGCACCUUCGGGGAGCUGAAGACAGUCCGCCUGCCGAAGAAGAUGACGGGGAUGGGCACGCACAGAGGGUUCGGCUUCGUCGACUUCCUCACCAAGCAGGACGCGAAGAGGGCCUUCAACGCCCUGUGUCACAGUACCCACUUGUACGGCCGGAGGCUGGUGCUGGAGUGGGCCGACUCCGAGGAGAGCCUGCAGGCCCUGCGGCGGAAGACGGCCGAGCACUUCCACGAACCCCCGAAGAAAAAGCGGUCUGUGGUGUUGGACGAGAUCCUAGAGCAGCUGGAAGACAGUGAGGACGGCGGCGACGAGCGGACCCUUCAGCCGUGAGCUGGCGCCGAGGGUACGUGGCUCCAGAGCCCUGGGGACGGGGCACAGCCGCUCCGGCUCUGCGCCCCCUCCCACGGGGGCCGGGCGGGCCGCACCGCCCGGUGGGGCAGCAGCAGCAGGCAGCCCCGCCCUCCACUGGUCCAAGGUCGGAGGGGACGAUGGCCUCAGCCCACUGCCCGGGCAUCCCGGGCCCCAGGCACUGACUGCGCCUGCUCUGUGCCCGGCACUGCAGGGCCAGAGAACAGGCGCAGGAUGCCACCGCGCCGGGCAGUCCCUCGUGGCAGCACGAGGAUCUGGAAGUGGCAGAAACCACCGAGCCCUGCAUCCAGCCCAGCCAUUGGCGCUUCCCGCACGAGUUCCCCCUCUUGCUUCUCCUCCCAGCAACCCUGAGAUGCAGACAGGGCCCCACCGUGCUGGCGCGAAGGCCAGGUUGCAGAGGGACUUCGGGGCUUGCACUGGGGUGCGCAGCUACAUGGGCGCAAGGACCCUCGGGCCCCACUGCCCACGAGCCCGGAACACUCACCAGGCUGAAGGCAGCUCUCUGGAGUUGGGCUGUUUGGGCACGAAGCCCCGCUCCACGCAGCACAGACUGGGGACCCCUGCCAAGUCAGCUCACCUCCCUGGGCCCAGCCUCCUCCUCACGAACUGGUUCCCACCUCAGAGGGCGUUAGCGAGAAAGAAAUGUAAUAAUCGUGAAGAACGCCAGGAACAGUGCUGAGUGUGUAAGGCGGGCUCCAGAAGCUUCUGUUCUUGCUCCCCCCUCCAGGGCUGCUAAGCUGGAGUUCCCGCCUCCGUCUCUCCAGGGGAUUGCUCACAGCCUGGGACGUGGCCUCUGUCCUUCCCCUUCCUCGCCACUUGGGACCAUGAGCCCUGGUUUAGUCACCAGAGCGUCUUCCGUCCGCGCUGACCGUGGGGCCACCCACGAAGCACCAAGCUCCAAACCCAGACACUGGCUCAUUGGUUGAGCCCGGCUGUGUCACUAACGGCAGACGCCCUCUACUCACAGGCUGGGGACCCUGUGAAAUGCAAACAGGUCCCCAGCCCUGGCAAGCAGUGUCCCAGGGCUCAUCCCAGACCUGGGGUGCCCACACCUACUCCCGCCUGGAGCUUCACACCCAGCACACACCAGGAGGGGGAUGGUAGAGAGGAAAGAGCUAUAACCCGUCUGCCCUGGGUCUGAACCCCCGCUGUGUGACUUUGGACUGGCGAGGUCCCCUCUGACCCUCAGCUUCUCUUUCUAUAAAAUGGGGGUGAUCUUGUACCUACCUCAGAGACGGUGCUCGGACUACAUCAGUCAAUCCAAGUAAAGCCCAGAGCAAGCACUCGUCGGCGUUUUUGUUUCCUUCUUCAUUUGGGGCAGCUGGGAGCCCCGAGUGAGAGCCCAGGGAUCUUCUGACUUGCUGUGUAAAAUUUGGUCUGUGUAUUUUUCUGGGAGGAGGUUUCAGUCCACAUUAAGCAGUUUUCGGAGUGGCCUGGAAUCCAAGGAAGACCACACAGCACCGACAGUCCUGCAAGGCUGAGCGUGUCCCCAGUUCCCUGGGCGGCAGGUGUUUCCUAAUCCAUCCUAGGUUAUCCCUGGGACAUAAUGGAAGCAAAAGACACAGACCCGGCAUGGCUCAUUCCCAGCUUUUCUAGUGAGGUGUCUCCCUGACAUCAGACCAUAGAGCCUGCGUGGGGUCCCUCGGGUGACCAGGCUCCCAAGUUUCCAUGGGUCCCAGGGAUGACAGGGCUGAGGUCCACCCCCUCCCUCCCCACUGCUUGUCCCGUUAAGGGCCAUGUGGAUUCGUCUGGUUAAGUAAGAUUGCAGACCCGUGGGCCUGACACGGGAGGAGGCGACGUUGGUACCGACUUCACUGAAGGUACCAGAUUGUCCGCAGAUCGGAAGUCACCACCUCCUGGUGUUGCCAUGCCGGCUUGGGCUCUGCAUUCAGACCAUUCUGGGUUCCUGGUAACAUCCACCACUCACCAGCCUUGUGAGCGUGGGCCAGUGACUUAACCUUCGAUUCCUCAGUCUCCUCAUCUUUAAAAUGGGAUGGUGCUAACGGCGCCUCCCUAUACCAGGGGUAUUGUGGGGCCCAGAGAGCCUCAGGCGCCUGCAGGAGGUGAAUCUGACCCCAGGGCCUCGGGUCUUUCUUGACCUUCAUGCUUUACUGUCUUCCCUGUGUCCAAAAGAAAAAGCAAGCAAGCCCCGGCCCGAGCCCAGAGAAAGCUCAGGAGCAGCAGAGGAGCGAGGGGGUCAUGAAGCUGAAGGCCUGAGGGAGCAGCAGGCAGGAAAGCCACCAGCCACUCAGCCAGCUGCCCGCAGGGAGACUGUGGCCCCUUCGCUCCUGCCUGCCCGUCCCAGCCUGGCGUCUGUACCCCCAACCCUGGGGGCUUAAUGUCUGGGAGGGAAGGGCCCCCCCCCAUAAGCAAAUAGAAGCAGUCACUUCAACUUCCCUAGAGAUCUCGGCGGGGGUACCCAGUCACCCCACCUUCGUGCCACACCUGGCCCUCACCAACGCCCAUAGCAGACGCCACGCUCCCCCAGGAUCACUGCAUUCCCCACACGCAGCCAUGAGCUGGAUCAUGGGAAAUGUAGUUUUAAACCCUUCGGCCCUGCCCCCAUGUGCACACUUGGAGUAAAACCACACCCUUCACCACGACAAGCAAGAAGGCCCUGCCUCCCCUGCCCCUGCCCCCCACUUGCUGCUCUCCGGCCUUUGCAGCACAGCCCCACCCCAGGGCCUUCGCGCUUGCUCUUUCUUCUGCCUGGGACACCCUUCCCCCGCUUUCUUCCUGUUUCCUUCCCCCACCUCCACCAGCCACUCUGAGAUCUUAGUUUAAGCUUCCCUCCCUUCCUCAGAGAGAGAGCCCCGAGCACCUUAUCGAAAGUAGGCGCAUUCCGUUCCUCUCCAUGCCCAGCCCCUGCCCACGUGUCCUCCUCAGCCGAUCCUGUCCCUGUUCCUUUCAGUCACAGCACCUGGACAAGUGUCUCAGUAAUCCUGAGCCCUGUCCCCACCCCUUUGAAAGUAACUCUUUAAACAGGAACUAGUAAAGUUCUCAUCAUUUUUAUUAUCAUAAUCAUCAUCGUCAUUAUUGGUAUUCUGGAAUAAAAAGUAUAGCUAGGUAAUAAUAAAGCCAGGUCUUUAGCCUGGCCCAGAGGAGGGCCUGUCUUUCCCCCUUUGAGGGAGAGGGACUGCGUGAAAGCGUUUCAGAAGAAAAGCAUCCACCCAGUGUGUGCCGGGUGGACUGGGGAGACUCCGGGCCUUGGAGCCAAGGCCCUGGGGAGAUUGACGGUCACUGUUGUCACCAGAGCAGUG